AUGGGUACGCUCGCUGUUCAGCUUAUCGGCGUUGCGGGCGUGGGACUCCUUCUUGCAGUCCUCCAGGCCAGUGCAGGAGUGGGCUUCCAACAUCCGGUGUUUCGAGCAGUAAUGCCCAUUGCAGAAGCUGCAGUCUCCAACAAUUCGCUGAGCUGCUUCCUUGCAUUCCUUGAAGUUGCAACGGGGCUUGCGAGGAGCCAUGUUGAUCGGGUGGUGGCAAGUAGGGAGGCGGAUAAGGAGGGACACAAACCGGAGGAAGACAAUGGAAGCGAAGAACAGACUGGUAAGCAGGAGACAAAAGAUGAAGAAGGAGCGGCGAAAGCGCAGUCAAAGUCAAUUUAUACGGAAGAGGCAUUCAUUCAUGACCUGCUGAGUCACGACUCCAUCCGCAGUACGACUGCAGAUCCGAUGUCGUAG